CGUCGUCAACCCCAUCCCGAGUCCCGAGGAGGCAGCGAGUUCGACUCGUGUCGGGUUACGGGCCGCACGCACGGUUCGUCGAUCGUUCAUCUCGCGAUAGGGGCUGUUUUCGCCCGCUUGAAACGGCAAUAGCGACGAGAGCGCGCGAUUUUCCCUCGUCGCUUCGUCUGUCGGUGACGUAGUACUUUUCGCGCCUAUCGCCGCGAUAAGAAUCUCACCGCGAUAAGUGCCGAGAAGCGUCUAAUGUGAUUUAUCUCGUCGCGAGUGACGGUGGAGGAUGAUCCGAGUGAGAGAGGAACUUGAGGACUCUGUCUGAGGGAAACGCGAUAUAAACCCCCCCGAUGACCCGGUGCUGAAACCUGUGAUUUAUACGCCGCGAUUUCAAGCUUCGCUCUCGCGAUCCGCGGGAAAUAGAGAAGAAAGUGAAAGGUAUAGGUGUAUGCCUGUGUGUGCGUGUACGUGUAUAUUUUUCGGUAUGACCAGUCACGAGUGAGGCUCCCGACACCCGACAUCCAUUCUCGCGGAAUCACACGAACGCGUGCGAUUCCGGAAAGAUGAUACGCGACUACCUGAUACUGCUCUCGUGGCUGUGCGCGGUGCAAGGAAAGACAGGAUAUUUCUGGCAUAUCACCGACAUCCAUUACGACCCAAAAUAUUCUACGCAAGGAAGCACCACCAGCAUGUGCUGGAACACGAGAAACAGCCUCGACAGCGGGCGGUUAAGACUCGACAGAAAACUGGCGGGCGAGUUCGGCGACUACAGCUGCGAUUCGCCCUGGGCCCUCAUCGAAUCGGCGGCGCGGGCAAUGAAAUCGAUGCACGGCGAAGGGAUCGAGUUUGUCCUGUGGACGGGCGACGCGCUGACACGCUCCGCCGGAAUGAGCGUCGAGCUGCGUCUACAAUGUCUCCGGAAUUUGACCGAUCUGUUGCACCGCACGUUCAAAGGACAAUUCGUGUUUCCCGCCCUCGGCCACGAAGACAUCGGCGUGAAUUACACGCAGCUGGCGACUCUCUGGCAGCACUGGCUACCACCGGAAGCGGUAGACACAUUCGUAAAGGCCGGCUACUACACGAUCGAGCAGCGCUCGAAAAAAUAUCGGAUCGUCUUCCUUAAUACGAAUUUGUGGCUGAACCCGGUCGACAAUCGUAUGCUGCACCGUGUCGGAAGUAGCACGGUCGAUAACACGAUGGAUCCCUUCGGCCAAUGGUCCUGGUUCCAGUCGGUGCUAGAGAAUGCGCGGAAGAAGAAGGAAACGGUGUACAUAGUCGGCCACACGCCGCCGGGAGUGGACGACCAUGAAAUCGGCGCCGCGACCCUUCACGAGAGGCAUAACAUCAAGUAUCUUCAGAUAGUGCGACUCUAUUCGGACAUCAUCCGAGGACAGUUCUUUGGCCAUUGGCAUUCGGACACGUUCCGCGUAAUUUACAACGACAUGGGUCAGCCCGUAUCCUGGAUAAUGAUGGCUCCCAGUGUAACUCCGAGCGCCGUCGGAGGGCCCAACAACCCGGGCUUGCGAUUGUACAAGUUUGAAACUAACACCGGACAGAUUCUGGAUUACACGCAGUACUAUCUUAAUCUGCCCGAGGCAAAUUCAAAUGGCAAAGCAAACUGGAUGAGCGAGUACUCGUUGCUCGAAUAUUAUGACCUGCAGGAGAUAUCGGCCAUCACUCUUCACGAUCUGGCGGAUCGAUUUACGCAAUCCAACGAUAACGCUUUCGUUAGGUAUUACGGGGCCAACACGGUCACGCUGCCGCGCGAGGUGGAGCAAAUCUGGGGCUGCGGCGGUCCUCUCAACGGAGUCUGUGCGCUGCAUCAUUACUGCACCGUGACCAGGCUCAAUCCCAACUCUUACAAGGAAUGCUAUUCGUCCUACGCUUACGCACUGGCGUCCACGGCACACUCCACCGUGCAUCCCUACUUCGCGUUGCAUCUGCUGUCAAUGCUGAUCUGCGCCGAGAUCCUGAACGACCGGUAGGAUGAGCGGGACGGGAGAAUCCCGGGGGCUACGCCCCGUGCGUCGGCUCUCCCACGACGGUCUCCGCGUCUACUCUCCCCGGCAGAAUCCGGUCGGGAUACACCAUCGAUCGGGCCGAUCGGAUCGGAUCGGUCUAGGAGGUGGCCUCGGCCAUCCGAGUUAACGCGGCGAACGCGUCUCUAGCGAUACCCGGCGCCAACGUCGCCCGAUGUGUCAUCUACUUUGUCUAUAUCUCUGUCGUGUCUCCGUCUUCUCCUUGUCGCGCCAUCGAGAUUGUUCAGGCGCGCUUUCGUUCCGUCGUGUUUUGGUGUUGCAUACGUUUGUCGGCUGUACGCGACGAGCCGUUUUCAAGUGAGGCUGUAAAAUCCGAGAGGAUUCCGGAUAUAAAAGUACUCGGAUAUAUCCCGAAUGUUCAGACGCACGUCGACGUAAAUCGAUUCGGAGAUCGAAAUGUCUGUGUAAUUCGCGUAAUACGAUUAUUCAAAGUAUACAUAUAAUUUCAAGUUAUUUGGACAUAAUUCGGAUAAUUUGGAUAAUUCGUAUAUUAGUAUAAUACGCAUAAAAAAUUGGAAUACGCGAGAAACGUAAGCAAGAACGCUUUCAUUAUACUAAAUGCAUCGAGAAUAGCAUUUUCUAAUUAAAGUUCCAUAUUAAAUGUUUUUAAUAACAGAAUAUGUUGGUAUUUUGAGGAAUUUCCAGCCGAUGUUUCUAUAAUUAUAAUAUACUCGGGUAUGUAUAAAAUGAUAGUUUUUGAAUUAUAUAAAAAUAAAUAAAGAAAAUGUGUCUCUCUUUCUUUCACUCUCAAAAUAUUUUCUAAAUAAAUAUUGGUUUCAAAUUUUUAAUCGAGGAUCUUUUUUUUUGUUUUAAUUAAACAUCUAUUUUACUUUUUACCUAUUUUGUAUAAAUUUUUCAAUCUUGUUAAAGUUAACUAUUGCAAAAUCCGACGAGCUCUUAUUGUUCGAAUAAAUCGUAUAAAAUUUCAUAAUCUUCCUCCCCUUUUCCACUCCCCUCCUCUCCCUCUCUUGAACAAUUUGAAUAUAUCCGAGCACUUCAAUCUUAUCUAGUAUUUAUAUUUAUCCGAAAUAUCCGAAUGUUAUGGGAAAAUUGAAUUUAUUCGGACAAAAGUAUUGGCGUGUCGCUAAUAAUUCGUAAUUUUUUUUUUAAGAUCACUACUGAUUGCAAAUUAAAGACAUUUUAGAAAAUAUUUUUAAGUCUUUAAUGAACAGAUCGUUUGUUGAAAACUUUCUUUCCAUUUUGCUCUUUUUUUUAAAUUAUUUUUAUAAUAUAGAAGGUUAUAAAUAUAUUUUAUAUUAAAUAUAUUUUCUUUAACAUUGCUUUGGGUGUUCAUCUCAGAACAUAUAAUAAAUUUCUACACAUAUGGUGUACAAAACUUGAGAUUACAUUCUCUGAUAUUGAUGAAUUUACAAAUUAUUAAAUAUAUUCCGUUCUUAUCUAUACCUUGUAUAGAUAUCUAUUUCAUCUUCAUAAGGAGAUAAACUUGAAAUUAUUAGCAAUACGUCACUAUAAUCUAUCCGAGAAACACGCAGUCUUCUCUAUUAAACAAUUUCGAAUUUAGAUAUUUAUAACUCCGAGCGGUUGCCGCGUCGCGAGAAGAAAAACGAAGGAGGCAGAAAAGAGAUGAAACGCGCGUUCCGUUUCGUCUUCAUCCGCAAGUUUCGCGAGCUCUCGGGCAUAAAUCGCCGAUCGACGUAGCGUUUCUAUUCGAGUUGCUUCGCGGUCGCGAGCAAUCCGACGGUGCGACGACUACCCUCGGCAAAGCGCGGGGUUGGAUAAAAGGCGGAUAGGUAGGUAGAAGGGUAGCGAGAAGUCUCCUUUAAGGAAGUCACAUCGCAUUCUCCCGGAUAGGUGGUUCCCGUGCGUGGCAUACUUAUAUUUAAAUGUAAUUAAAGUUUUACACACCCGCGGGGGGAGAGGGACUUUUACGCUCUGCUUCGGCUAAUCCAAUGUCAAAACUCCGGAACGCCGCCCUGGAAAACGCGCUCCGAGCAAAGUCGACAGCUCGAGAAGGAGGCUGCGUCGAAGCUCUCAUAGCUUGAAGAUUAUAUUCGUACUACCAUUUCGCGAUAUUGUCGGAACGAUGCAGUAUUUCUUAAUAAAGGACUCAUGGAUUUGUAACAG